AUGGCGCUCAGCACCUGCCUCACCUCACCCCUCCGGCGUGCCCUGGCAGCUUUGCACCGGGCAGCCUCUGGGCAGAGCCGCAGGCUCAGCACGCCCCCAGGACCAGGACACACACUCGACCUCGGGGGCAUCUUUCCACCUCUCGCCACCCCCUUGUCUCCUAUGCAGGAGGUGGACUAUGUCCAGCUGGAGGCAAACCUGCACCGUUAUGUCAGCAUCCCCUUCCGAGGGCUGGUGGUGCUAGGCUCCAACGGAGAGUACCCCUACCUGGCACCCCAUGAGCAGCUGGACAUGGUGAGAUGCGUGCGCCAGGCUCUUCCCAGGGACCGCCUGCUGCUGGCCGGCUCAGGCUGUGAAUCCACCCAGGCCACUAUCAAGCUGACAGUCAGCAUGGCAGAGGCAGGGGCCGAUGUGGCGCUGGUUGUGACGCCCUGCUACUACCGGGGGGCUAUGACCAGCGCUGCCUUUGUCCAGCAUUACACAGAGGUUGCUGAUGCAUCUCCCAUCCCCGUGGUGCUCUACAGCGUCCCUGCCAACACAGGCCUGGACCUGCCCCUGGAGGCUGUCCUCACCCUAGCUCAGCACCCCAAUAUUGUUGGGAUCAAAGACAGCGGUGGAGAUAUUAGCCGUAUGGGACUGAUGGUCCACAAGACACAGCAGGAGGAUUUCCAGGUGCUGGCAGGAUCAGCCAGCUUUCUGAUGGCAAGCUAUGCCCUAGGUGCCUCUGGGGGUGUCUGUGCCCUUGCCAACGUCCUGGGGGACCCAGUGUGCCAGCUGGAUCGCUUGUGCCGUGAGGGCAGCUGGCAGGAGGCCCGCAGCCUGCAGCACCGGCUCAUUGAGCCCAACAUGGCGGUCACCCGCCGGUUCGGGAUCCCAGGAUUGAAGAAGGCAAUGGAAUGGUUUGGCUACUAUGGGGGACCUUGCCGCCCACCUCUGGCCCCGCUGAGCCCUGCCCAGGUUGAGGAGCUGAGGAGCACCUUCAGCAACAAUGGCUGGUUGUGAAGGGUUCCUCCUCCAGCCUAGAAAGGCACCAGAGCCAGCAACCCCAGAGGCAGGGGA